GCCUAGAUGCACCCAAUGUUAAGCAAUGCUGGGCCUUGUCAUUUGGCAAGGUCUUGAGCCACGUUCCGGGUGCAUUUUUGACUCUUCACCCACUAUUUCCCGUGUCAACAAAGUCGAGGGCAAAGGCAUGGGCUGGAGGGCGGUCCGCUGAGCAUGCUCCGAGUCCCCGGAGGAGGAGGAGGAGGAGGAGGAAACGCCGCCCGCCAACGGCUCUCUUUCCCUCCCUCCUUCCGUGCAACAUGCGCGCCGGCUCGGCUCUGACUCUGACUCCGCUCCUGCGGCGGCUUCUGCUGCCUUGCCGCUCGUCCUACGUCAGGACGCAAAAGCAGAGGCAUCCUCCUCCUCCUCCUCCUUUUCCGCAGCUGGCAGCGUGUCGCUGGCAAAGCGGCCUCAUGGCGCACUACGGCACCGAACAGCGCGGGCGGCUCCACUCUCCCGAUUACUGCCUCUACUUCAAGAAUUCAAAAGGAAAAUACAUCUCUCCGUUCCAUGACAUUCCUCUCUGUGUUGGCUCAAAUGAGGUUCAGGAAAUUCCUGCAAAAAAAUCAAGGACUUCUGGAAAUGAGACCAUCUUUAACAUGAUUGUGGAAGUGCCUCGUUGGACAAAUGCUAAAAUGGAGAUUGCCACGAAGGAGCCAUUGAAUCCCAUUAAGCAGGACGUAAAGAAAGGCAAGCUGCGAUACGUGGCAAAUAUCUUUCCCCACAAGGGCUGUAUUUGGAAUUACGGGGCCUUCCCGCAGACUUGGGAAGAUCCCAGCCAUAAAGAUGACAGCACUGGAUGCUGUGGUGACAAUGACCCCAUUGAUGUCUGUGAAAUUGGUUCUCAGGUUCGUGCAAUUGGUGAGGUUGUUCAGGUCAAAGUCCUUGGCUUUCUAGGCCUCAUUGAUGAAGGUGAGACUGACUGGAAGAUCAUUGCAAUCAGUGUAGAUGACCCAGAAUCCCAGAAAAUCCAUGAUAUUGAUGACGUCAGAAAAUUCAAACCAGGUUACCUUGAAGCUACACUCGACUGGUUCAGAUUAUAUAAAGUCCCAGAUGGAAAGCCAGAGAAUCAGUUUGCUUUUGAUGGCAUGUUUAAAGACAAGGCAUUUGCGUUAGAAAUUGUUAAAUCAACACAUGAAUACUGGAAAGCUUUGGUUCACAAAAAGUCUGAUGGAGGAGCCAUAAAAUGCACCAAUCUCUCGGUGGGCACCAGUCCCUAUUGCUGUAACGAAGAGGAUAUCCAAGCAAUUGUGCAGUUGGCACCACCUCUUUUAGAAGAGUCCUCUGUUUCCAAAGAAGCUGAACAGUGGCAUUUUCUUGGCCGGUGAUGACAAUCAAAGUUGUCUGAAGUCAAGCUGUGAAAUCUUCUAAGUACUUCUUCCUUUGGCUCUUUGCCUUUCAGCCACACAUAUAUUCUCUCUCACAGUCACAUAUGUCUACUUCUGAAAAGAUAGUCACCAGUGGCUGAACUCUAAAGAUGCAAGUUUUUGUGCACAUUGCAGAUUUUCUAUCAUGUAAAUAAAACUGAUUUUUAAGAGUUUCA